GGGGUUUGCUCACCUUCUACUCAAAUAAGCCACCGGUCGAGUUGCCGACAUUAUAUACUGUACUCAUCAACCUAUAAUAAUCAGAGACAACAAAACCACAGAUCGAUCGAUCGAUCGAAGAUGGCUGAUAUUGAGAAGGGAUCAGAGGACGCGGCCGCCACCAACGACGUCAGGAGUGCGUACGCCGAGCUGUGCAGCAGGAGGAGAUUCCUAUGGUGGAUGACUCUGCUCGAAGUCGUCUUCGUCGUCGCCGUCGCGGCGCUCAUGGCGUGCAUCGAGCCGUCCACCGCCGGACCAAAGGUGUACCUUGCCUCGCGCGUCGUCGGGUAUGCCGGCCAGGCCGUAGGCGUGUGCUGGGGGCUCUUCCUCGUCUAUCAAUGGACCGAGUCUGCUAAAGAGUACAAGAGGAUCCUAGACUCUGUGAAGUAAAUAUGUGUUCUAGUAGGAGUACGUAGUACUUUGAUGAUGAUCUUGUUGAUCAUGCAUGUACGUGUGGUGUGGUGUUGAUCGUUUUGAUCAUGCAUGUAGGGUUUACAAUCAAGCAUGGGUUUUUAGGUUUUCGGUUUUGACCAAUAAAACAUGUACAAU